UAUAAAGAAGAUUCAAUAAGAUUCUAUCCCAAUCCUAACAAACCUAGUUGCUUGCUUGUUGUCUUUUUCCCUAUUUUGUGAAAAAUUAAACCAAAAAAAAAAGAAGAGGAAAAGGUUGGAGAAGACGAAGACGAAUCAUUCAAUCAAUCAAUAGGCUUUCUCUUCUAGAGCUUCUCCACGCAAAAACUCCCACAAUGGAAAUAGAGGUAUCUAGCUCGACUCGUUUAGAUAGUAUUCGUGUCCAACGCAAGACGUUGCAGAACUUGCUCCAGGAUUGCCAAAGAGCUCUCCAGCUUCUAAAUCUCUCCGAUAGCGACCGCGUUGGCCAACAUAGUGACUCACCGGAUAGGGAAGAAGAGCUGUCUUCUUCCGAAUCAAGAGAUCCUGAAACCGAUAAAUUGUAUGAGCUCAUCAAGUCUAGAGUUGAAUGCCAUGACUUUCGAGAUAGGUUAGAGUUAGCCCAAGCUUCACUUCUCCUCCAAGACCUUCCUGCUGAUGGUAGCUCUUGGGAUGUAGUUAGUGAAGAUGAUAUAUUAUGGGGUGACAAAAGUAUGGAAGAUGAUUAUGUGGUCGUUAGGGAAGAAGAUGUAGCAGAUGGUAUUGCUUGUUUCAUGGUUACUUAUUUAUCUUCCCUUGAGCAGACUAAGGAUAUUUCACCUGAUCAGCUUCAGAAAGCACUUAGCACCAUGUUUUCUGUGAAGAAGAGAAAGGGGAAACUUCGUAAAGCAUGGGAAGGUAGUAAAGUUAUUUACAAUGUUGCUUCAUGGAGCGCCACUGCUAUAGGGAUAUAUCAAAACCCGAUGAUCCUGAGUAUUGCAUCUAAAGCCUUCUGGGUGUCUUGCAAGGCUAUAUCAAAGCUUGUCUGAAUUGAAUAACACAUCUAACUCACAGGGUGGGGCUCAUAAGUUACAACAAUGUUUCUAUAUCAUUUAAUUUUAUAUCUGUACAGAAUGCCGUUGGUGUAUCCUUCUUCUCUAUUAUAGUUAUCCACAAACAUGCAAUGUUAAAGAUUAGUUCACAUUCUGAAAUAAUCUGUAUUUCAAAAACAAGUGCACAACUGUUUUAUUCUUUUUUC